AUGGAGAAGCACAUUUUCUUAUUGAUUCUUCUCUUUUUAUUUCAAUAUUAUUCUAUUUUUAUAUCAAGUGCUCCCUCAAAUGAGACAGACCAACAAGCUCUACUAGCUUUCCGAAAUCUUGUUAUAAAUCCCAGUCUUUUUCUGGCCAAGAACUGGACUAAGAAUUCUUCUUUUUGUUCUUGGUUUGGUGUCACUUGCAGUACAAAAAGGCAAAGGGUUGUAGCCUUGGCUCUUCCUAAUUUGCAACUUCAAGGCACUAUUUCACCGUCUUUGGCCAAUUUGUCCUUUCUCAUAGAGCUCAAUCUCGGGAACAACUUUUUCCAUGGCAGCAUUCCUUACGGCCUUGGCCAACUGCCUCGCUUGGAAGUGAUUGAUGUUCAAAACAAUCAGCUAGAAGGAAGUAUUCCAACAAGUUUAUUUCAAAACUGGAGAGUUCAAAAUAUUUCAUUGGCUUUCAAUAAAUUCAGUGGUGAAAUGUGGAAAGGUCCAUGGUAUGUACCGGAACUCAGAGUCUUAAAUCUCAGGAACAAUAGCCUCAUAGGUAUAAUCCCUCCUUCGGUUGGAAAUGCCACAAAGUUGUUGAGCUUCAGUUUGUAUGGUAAUAGAGUUAGUGGCAACAUUCCAAAGGAAAUCGGUAAUCUAAGCCAACUUGCAUUUCUAUCCUUGACUGAUAAUCAGUUAACAGGUUCUAUUCCGGCAGUACUGUUUAAUAUCUCGUCGCUACUUGCCUUAUCUGUUGCAAUGAAUAGCCUUUCUGGUCCUCUCUUGCUUGGUGAAGGGAAUAUUGUCUCAAAUAUGGAGUUUUUAAGUAUUUCUUACAAUCUAAUUUCUGGUCACAUUCCUUCCAACAUUUGUCAAUUCACAGAGCUCAAAAUGUUGUCCAUAUCUUGCAACAACAUAACUGGAGAAAUACCCAAAAAUACUGAUUGUUUAGCGAAGCUCGAAAAGCUCUAUAUUGCAUAUAAUUUCCUAAGUGGGACUAUUCCUAUUUCAUGGGGCAAUAUUUCCUCUUUGCAAGCUCUUAGUUGUUCAAGCAAUCCCAUGGAGGGGCAAAUUCCUCCAGAAUUAGGGAAGCUACCCAAUUUGGUGCAAUUAAGCUUUCAGGAGAAUUAUAAUCUUAUUGGUCAAAUUCCAGAUACUAUUUUUAAUAUAUCUUCUUUGGAAUUCAUUUCUUUCAGUUUCAACAAACUCUCGGGGAGAAUUCCAACCACUACAGGUCUUCAUCUUCCCAAUCUUAAGGGACUUUACUUAGCACACAAUCAACUCGAAGGGGAAAUUCCUUUGUACAUCACAAAUGCAUCCAAGAUAUCCUAUUUGGAUCUUAGCUCUAACUUUUUCAGAGGCACCACUCCAACUAACUUGGGAAAUCUUCGUGAGUUGCGAGUACUAUUCCUAUUUGAUAAUCAACUUACCAAUGAACCAAGUGAGCAUGAAUUGCGAUUCUUAGAUUCUUUGGUGUACUGUAGGAUGUUGCGGUAUCUAGAAGUGGGUUCCAAUCCGUGGAAUGGUGUUCUGCCCAGUUCUAUUGGGAAUCUUUCAUCUACUAUUGAAGUAUUUGAUAUAUCAGAUGCACAAAUCAACGGCCUCAUCCCCAUUAGUAUAGGAAACAUGAGCGCUUUAUUUGACCUAGACUUUCAAGAGAACAACUUGACGGGAACCAUUCCUUCUGAGGUCGGUAAGCUUGAACAACUCCAAGGUCUACGUCUAGGUAGCAAUAAAUUACAGGGGGGUAUUGUAGAGGUAGUAUGUCAUUUAUCUAAUUUGGUUCAAUUAACUAUGGAUGAUAAUGAGCUCUCUGGGUUGAUUCCAGAAUGUAUAGGAAAUCUUAGCAUGCUACAAGAAUUUUAUUUGGGUUCUAACAAAUUUUCAUCAACAAUACCUUUGAGCCUUUGGAAAAUGAGUAGUCUUCUCAGUCUAGACGUGUCACAGAAUUCCAUAGAGGGAGAGGUUCCAGUGAAUAUUGGGGAACUGAAGGUCAUGGUAGAACUAUAUCUUAAUGGUAACCACUUUACGGGCAUGAUACCAAGUAGAUUGGGGGACCUCCAAAACCUGAAGUCUCUUCACGUAUCGAACAAUUCAUUUUCAGGCACAAUUCCAUUCUCCUUUGCCAACUUGAUAAGUUUGGAAUUCUUGGAUAUGUCUUUAAAUGCUUUGUCAGGUACUAUUCCUAAGACAUUGGAAAAACUCUCAUACCUUAAAAUCAUCAAUGUCUCAUUUAAUAAUUUAGAAGGUGAAAUACCCAGUGGUGGUGUGUUUGCAAAUUCCACUCUGCAAUCAUUUCUUGGGAACAAAGGUCUAUGUGGAAUGCACAUAUUGGAGGUUCCUGCUUGUGCUAUCACUAAUCCUGGACAUCAAUCAAAGUUGAAGAAGCUUGUGCUAAAAAUUGUUAUUCCGGUGUUUACUUUAUCCAUUCUGAUAUUCUUGUUUACUUCAAUAUGGAUAAUGAAACGACGGAAGAAGAGAAAGUCCAAAAACGUGGAAAAGGUACCGGAGGUCAAGACGCAUCAAUUAAUAUCUUAUCACGAGAUUCAACGAGCAACAAAUUAUUUUGAUGGAUCAAAUUUAAUUGGUGUGGGAGGUUCUGGCUCUGUGUACAAAGGCACCUUAUCUAGUGGAAUUGUGGUUGCAAUAAAAGUCCUGAAUUUGCAAAAUGAGAAAGUAUGCAAGAGGUUUGAUACUGAAUGUGAAGUGAUAAGAAAUGUUAGGCACAGAAAUCUUGUACCAGUGGUUACUACUUGCUCUAGCGAAUACAUUAGAGCCUUUGUCUUGCAAUAUAUGCCAAACGGGAGUCUUGAGAAUUGGUUGUACAAAGAAGAUUGCUGCUUGAACCUCCUUCAAAGAGUUUCCAUAAUGCUUGAUGUGGCUGUGGCUGUUGAAUAUCUGCAUCAUAGUCAUCAUACUCAUAUCGUUCAUUGCGAUCUAAAGCCAGCCAACGUUCUUUUGGAUGAAGAAAUGGUGGCACAUGUUGGUGAUUUUGGAAUCUCCAAAAUUUUAGCUGUAAGCAAGUCAAUGGCACGUACCGAGACAUUGGGCACUCUUGGAUAUAUUGCACCAGAAUAUGGCUCGGAGGGAAUAGUGUCCACUAGUGGUGAUGUUUACAGUUAUGGCAUUAUGCUAAUGGAGGUUUUGACAACAAGAAGACCAACAGAUAAAGAGAUAUUCUACGAAAAUCUUGGUUUGAGGGAGUGGAUAAGGCGAGCAUUUCCAAGAACUAUGAUGGAAGUUGUGGAUGCCAAUCUUUUUCCUGAGGAAGAACAAAUCACUUCCAAAAGUGAAAUUUGCAUAAUUUCCAUGAUAGAAUUGGCUUUAGAUUGCACAAAGGAAACGCCCGAAUCAAGAAUAACCAUGAAAGAUGUAGUCAAGAGGCUUAACAAAAUCAAGAACACAUUUUUGGAAAUGUAG